AGGCCCAGCGUCCCUGCACCUGUCCCACCUGCUCCACCCAGGCCUGGCUCUGGACACCCCGAGGACAUCUGGGCUCCCGUGGGGCAGGACGAUGUGGGGCUGGGAGGUGGGCGUGAGGCCGGGGAAGCAGACUGGAGGAGGGUGUUAUUUAAAAGCCGGCACUCCGAAUCUUUGCAUGUACAGGCAGGUGUUCCCAUUCUGAGACCAGUGAGGACAGCCCGCCUGGCGAGCCCCUCCUCCACUCCUCCCUCCACCUCCUUCCAGAGCCCCCUCCCCCAGCACAGCCCCAGCGCUGGCCCUCCCCCUCCCCCUGACUCAGACAGCCCAUCCCCGUGCCUCGAGGGAACAGGCCCAGAGCAGGGGGUCGGUGCAGUCACCCUAUGACACCAGAGGCCAUCCCGGCUCUCUGGGCCCCAAGAGCCACUGUCACCAUGUGCCUGUACGAGAAAAGGCUAAGGGGGACAAAGGCAAGACCCCCUCACCCCCCAGGGACAAGGACAGCCACAGAGGAGGGGACCAGCGAGGACUCUCAGGUGUGAGGCUGGGAGGCUCAGAGAGGCUGUGGACGGUUCCGGGGCCUUCAAGGAGCCAGGACCUGGGGUCCCUCCGGCUGCCCGCGAGCCAGCCAGCAUGUUGGGGCUCUGGAGGACCUUCAACAGUGUGGUUUCCUGCAUCACCCUUGCCGUCAGCCUCGGGGGGCUGGUGGGGAACAGGCUGGUCCUCUGGCACCUCAGCUUCCACAUCAAGAAGGGCCCCUUCUCUGUCUAUGUCCUCCACCUGACCACCACCGACUUCCUGUUCCUCGGCUGCCAGGUGGCCGUCUGGGCCGCGCAGGCCUCCCUGGGCGGCCAGGGCGGCCUCUACCUCACCCUCCCCUUCGUGGCCUUCUUCGUGGGGCUCUGGCUGUUGGUGGCCUUCAGCGCCAAGCGCUGCCUCUCUGACAUCUUCCCCACCUGCUACCAGGGCUGCCGCCCCAGACACACAGCGGGCAUCCUCUGUGGCCUGAUCUGGACCCUCACCCCGCUGACUGUGCUGCUGCCCGCCAACGCCUGCGGCCAGCUGCCGGGCGGCACGCGCCUGCGGACCUGCCCGUGGUUCCACACAGCCAGUGUCACGUGGCUGCUGACCCUAGCCUGCGGGGCCUCCGUGGCCGGGCUGGUCCUCUUCAUCUGGGUGGCCUGCUGCUCCCAGCGGCAGCGCCCCCUCUACGGUGUCGUCCUGAGCUCCAUGCUCCAGUUCUUCUGCGGCCUCUCCUACAUCUUGUACUGGAUCCUGAGCAGCAGCCUGGACCUCCUGCUGUCCUGGGUCCCCAUGCAGUCCUUUUUACGCCGACUGUACUCGCUCUCCCCGCUGCCCACGCUCCUGGCCUGCAUCCACUGCAGCUCCAAGCCACUCAUCUACUUCACGACAGGCCGGCAGCCAGGCAAGCGAGAGCCACUGCGGGUGGUUCUCCAGCGGUCCCUGGGGGAGGGGGCCCCGCUGGGGGCCGGGGAAGUGUCUCUGCCCAUGGGCCGCAUGUAGAGGCCUCCCGGGCCCUCCCCGACCCCUCACCAGACCCUCCAGGACAAUGUCGUCCCUGCCCCAGCCCUGGCUCAGUUGCCCUGGGGAUCCAAGGGCUGGGGACAGAGUGAGAGCUGUGGUCCUGGUCCCUCCAUGCCCAGCCCGCGGGGUCCGGGGAAGCCUGAGGAUGAGACCAGAUACACAGCAGGCAAACCGGGAGACCCCAGGACAGGCACCUGCGGGCAGAGCCCUCAUCCCCAGCUCCUGCCUCCUCUCCUGCCACCAACUGGGGGCCGGGGUGGAGGGGAGGCAGCCCCCGAAGUCCCCAUGGGGGGUUGGGUGGAUCAGAACCCAGGCGCUGGCUGGGCCAGGGGCUGUCCUCACUGGGGCCGCGCUGAGCCUCUUCCUACAGGCUUCUCCCCCUGCCCCAGCUGCCCAGUGACCCCACCCAGGGCCUGCCCAGCAGUCUCUCCACAGACCACCAGAUGGCGCUGCUUCCUCACCAAAUGCACCAAAAGUGAACCAGCAGAAGAGGGUUCACAGGCUCAGCACUUCCAGCCCCGCCGCCCACACUAGGGCUCCUGGAUACCUGCGGCCUGGAGGGCGUUCUUGCCCCUCCAUUCCAUCUUCAACUUCCCCUCCUCCCAGAAUCCUUCUCCACCCGUCACCCCCACACCCUGCCCACACCCUGCUGACCCUGCCAGGCCAGUGUUUGCCCUC